AUGUUCUCGCAAGAGAAGUGCAGAGAGUUCGGCUGCACCGAGGAGCCAAAGCGAUGGUUCAGUCGGGGACGGUACGGGGCGGAUGGGCACCCCCUCAUAACCUCGCUAGCACGGCAAGGAGAGUCGGAUACCGCAACAGUGUCAUUUCCAUCUAAUGGCCUGAAGCAACGGGCGCUGAAGAAGUUCUCUGGUGCAGGUCUGUCGACAGACGACACUUUUGCGGGCCUCACGGUACUGCACUCGGACCCAGAGCCUGAUCUCGACAUUUGUGCGAUUCAUGGCUUGAAUGGCAACGCUUUCGAUACAUUUGCCUGGGGAGGCCGCGACAUGUGGCUUCGUGAUUUCUUGCCCAAGUCAUGGCCCCAACAUGCCGAUCACAAGGGGGUUCGAGUGAUGGCAUAUGGAUAUAGCUCUCUUGUGCAGGAUGAUAUAAACACGACUGGCUUGGAUGAAUGGUCUAUGGGCCUUCUCCAGAGCGUCGCCGCCGUGCGGAGAUCGCCAUCUGCCAUGAUCAGGUUGGAAAAGUUCGCUCCUGACGGACUGCAGCUUAAACAUUGCGGUCUUCUCUUUCUGAGUACUCCGCAUCUGGGCACCAUUGAAGGAAACUGGAACGACUUCUGGCUGCUAUUCGCAAAAGCCGCAAAGGUCGCCCGAGGUCAGGCUUUCACUCAGCUGCUCAGCGCUUUCAAUCAAGCGUCGGUCAAUGCACAAGAGCUAUACAGUGCCCUGAGACCCAUACCGCCAACUGAGUGCCUGUACGAAACACAAAUGACUUCUGUCGCUGGGACGAAGCGACUUAUCGUCCCGCCGGCUUCUGCUGGUUUGCUCAAACGGGCCCAACCAAUGUUAAAUGUCGACCAUCGGACCAUCUGCAAGUUCCCCGACAUGUCUAAUCAAGGAUAUUUGCAGGUACUGGACUGCAUAGAGAAUGUCAGGAAGUCUGUGGUGACGGGCCAAACCCGCGAACGGCAGGAUGGAGAGGGAGGCGAGGCGGUCGACGGCCGUACCGAAAACUCUGACACAACGGGCUUCAUCAAAGGCGGUAAUUCGGUUGGCGGAAAUGCAAGAAGCGACGUUCCUGGGGGUAUAGCUAAGGGCGGACCUUCCACAGGAGGAAAUAUCAACAUCUCGCCUGGGUAUAAAGGCACCAAGUCCUUGGCUGGCGGGGACAGCAAAGGAGGAGAUGCUGUUGGGAGUGUUGCUUUCGGAGGCAAUUCGGCAGGGGGGAACAUAGUAUUGUGA